CUCUCUCUCUCUCAAUCUUAGAAAACAACACGGGACUAAAUAAGUUAGCAAGCAGUGGCGUGGAUGCUUUAGCUCAACCGUGUAUCUUCUUUAAAAAAAACAUUUGAAACAAACGCUUAUAACCUGCGAUCACUAAACCAGACAGAAACGCGACGCUGAGGUGGGCCACCUGAUCCAGGGAGAGGGAUUUAUUUUCCUUCUGCAUUCCUGAUGGAGUCGUACAGAGUGACUGGCAUUCCCAACAGCGGACCACAGCGGGGCCACACUCAGCCGUCCCGCCCCUCCAAGCCCCACAGUAAUGGAGCUGGUACAUACGGUCUCAGCAUCCGUGUCCAGGGUAUAGAUGGUCACCCCUAUGUAGUUCUCAACAACCAGGACAGGGGUUCUCACUCCUAUAUCGACCCUAACAGUAACGGGUACGUCGAUGCAGAGGGCUCUUUUAUUGAGAACUUUGAGGAGUAUGAUUUCAGGGGAGGAAAGGAGGCUGGAUCCAGCAGCCCCUUCAUGGACUACAGGUCUCAGAAGAUGAUGCAUUACACCGGGCCUCAAAAUGGUGUCGCAGAUUCACAAGGAAAGAAACCAUCCACACUUCUGAACUUUCAGAAGCACCCUGAGAUACUGCAGCCGUAUGAUCCAGACACCAACUCCCUGAACCUUGAUGGUAUCCCCAGCCUGCCUUCAAGGCCUCUGGCUGAGACUGGGAACCAGCAGCAGAGUUCCACCUCCAAAUCUGCUGUACCUGCACCCUCCCACACAAAGUCAUCCAGUCUGGACCAUAAUAAAGCUCCUGAGCAGCAAGAGAAAAGACAACUUCCAUCUAAUAGCCUGAAGUCACAGCCUCAGUCUUUGCCUCCAGUCCAGCUCACUCAGCCUCAGACCAGGCCACAAUCACAAGUGGCUCAGCCGCAGUCCCAACCUCGUCUCACCAGCCUGAAUCCACCUCAGUCCAAGCCAGGCUUUAAAACUCAGAACCAACCCGUGUCUGCAGCCCAGCCUCAGCCCUCUGCUAUGACGAGUCCCACGAGUGAGCAGAGCAAGAUAUCAUGCAUAUCGGCCAGUUCAAUGAGCAGCGCCAACUCCAGCCUGGAGCGCACCCGCCGUGAGCCUGAUGUCCUUCCGCUACGCAGGACUGACUCCAGUGGGCCAGUUCUUCAGUCCUCUUCCCGCUCCCGCCACUCUUCCUCCUCUUCCUCCUCUAAGGCUCUGGUGGAUGACCAGAUGGAGGCACUGUACGCAGACACCAUCAACCGCCACGAGAACCGACGCUACAUCCCUUUCCUCCCCGGUUCAGGCAGAGACAUUGACACAGGCUCCAUUCCUGGUGUCGAUGAGCUCAUUGAGAAGUUUGAUGGCAAAGAUGGCAGCCAUCAGCGCAGGGGCAGGGCAGGGCGCAGGAACAGGAUCAAUCCAGAGGAUAGGAAGCGCUCACGCAGUGUGGAUAGCGCCCUCGGCCUGCGAGAUGGCUCUAGCUGCUACCGAGGCACGAUGGAGCACGUCCUGCGUCCCUCACAGCUACGACUGCAGAGAGCAUCUGGCAGUCAGGACUCCUGGCUCACGGCUGUAGAUGGUAAGGUGGACUCCAGAGCUUCAUCUCGUGCCACCAGCGCGCCCGGCUCCCCACAGAGCACCAUCUCGAAAGGUGUCGGCUCCAUACAGGUAUACAAAAAGCCACAGACAUCUUCAUUGUCAUAUAAGAGUAAAGAGAUCGAGGACAGCGCCGCUUCAGCUGGAAAGGUUUUGACAGCAUCGCUGUCAACAUCGCUGUCCAAGCCUUCCUCCACCGCAGACAAAAAGCCCAGUACAGAGGCAGAUGUUCAGGCGACACCCGAUCUUCUGAAAGGUCAACAGGAGCUUUCACAACAAACACAUGAAGAGACAGCAAAGCAAAUUUUGUUCAGUUACCUUAAGGAUGGAAGCAACGACAAUGAUGAAAUGACAAAGAGAAAAGUCAACCUCGUCUUUGAGAAGAUACAAACGCUAAAGUCUCGGGCCACGGCGAGUUCACAAGGCGACAACAAAUCCCUGGACUUUGCUGCGCAGACCAAAGCUCUGCAGGAGCAAAAUGCCGAACUGGAGAAAGAAAAGACUGAUCUGAAGAGACAACUCGAGAAGAACCAGGCUGACAAGAGGAUAGCAGACGGUUUGAAGGAGCUGCAGCAGGAGUUGGAGCGGAGUGCAGAGGAGUGCAAGCAUCUGAAGGAAAAACUAGCCAAAACAGAGGCCGAGCUCCAGACCACAGUCGAAGAGCUGUUCCAGGUGAAGAUGGAGAGGGAGCAAUAUCAGACAGAGAUCAGAGACCUGCAGGACCAGCUGUCAGAGAUGCAUGACGAGCUUGACUCGGCCAAGAAGUCGACCUCUGAUGGAGAGAAAGACAUCAUUAUAGCGGACAUGAUGCAAUUGAAGGUGGAGAUGCAGGAAGUUCUCCUGGCCAAGGAGGAGCAGGAGGAGGUGCUGAGGAGGCGAGAGAGGGAGCUGACAGCUCUAAAAGGAGCCCUGAAGGAGGAAGUGGCCGUUCAUGAUCAGGAGAUGGACAAUAUGAGGGAGCAGUAUGAGAAGGAAAUAAGCAGGCUGCAGACGUCUUUGGAGGACGCCAAACAGAGUAGCGCAGCAGUGGUCCGUGAGAAGGCUGAAGUGGAGGCAGCCAAGGGUGCAGUGGAGGGCAAAGCAGGACGGCUAACCCUGGAGACCGAGCGCCUGCGCAGGCGGGCACAGGAGCUGGAAAAUGAGGUGGCCAAACUCAACCGCAUCAUCGAUGAGGCCAAGCUACAGGAGAGCAGGCUGGGGGACAGAGUCAGCCGACUGGAGACAGAGAAAAAGCAGUUGGAAGAAUCUUUGGCUGAAAUUAAGGAGCAAGAAGAGGAGAUGUCACGUGCCAAUCGAGCCUUGACCAUUCGGUUGGAGGAUGUGCAGAGGAACUUGACCAAACUGAGCAGCGAACACAAGGACUUGGAGGAGAGCUUACAAGAAGAGAGGACUCAGAAGGAGCAGUUCAAGAACAUGAAGAACAACAUAGAGGAUGAGAGGAGGUUGCUGGACCGUACAGUGGAGAAGCUCCAGAGGGAGAUGAAUGAUAUUGUGGAUGCAUCCCAGUUGUCCACACGGGAGCUGCAGGAGCAGAUUGAUAUUUAUAAAGAGAAGAACCGUCGGGAGUUGACGGAGCUGCAGAGGCUUCUGAAGGAGCGAGGACAAGAGCUGGAGAAGUACCUACUGGCUACCACAACCCUGCAAGAAGAGUUGUCACACCAGGAGGAGGACCUCCGGAAGUGUCAGAGGGAACGAGAUGACGCUGUGCUUAGAGAGAAGAUGCUGGAGAAAAAGGUUCACGAUCUGGAGGUGGAGGCUGAGACAAAGUCCCACACUAAAGAAGACAAAGCUCGACACAUCAAACUCAUGGAGGACAGGAUCGCUCAGCUGGAGUUGGACCUGGCUGAGGAGCGUCAGAGUGGAGACCAUCUGAUGGACAGGAUAGACCGAGGGAGAGAGCAGGUGGAGCAGAUGAGGAAUGAACUCCUACAGGAGAGAGCUAGCAGACAGGACCUGGAGUGUGACAAGAUGGCACUGGAGAGACAGAACAAAGAUCUGAAGAGCAGAGUGUCUCAUCUAGAGGGCUCCCAGAAGUCCAACAAAGAGGGCCUGGUAGCCCAGCUGGAGGAACGCAUACAGGAGCUGGAGGAGAGGCUGGAGGUGGAGGAAAGGGAGCGUGCAAACCUGCAGCUAGUGAACCGCAGGCUGGAGAGGAAGGUAAAAGAGAUGAUGAUGCAAAGUGAAGAAGAACAUCACUCACUGCAAGAUCAAAAGGACCAGUUGAAUCUGCGUCUGAAGGCCUUGAAACGGCAGAUGGAUGAGGCUGAGGAGGAGAUUGACCGACUGGAGCACAGUAAGAAGAAGCUGCAGAGAGACCUGGAUGAGCAACAGGAGGCCAACGAGCAGCUCCAGAGCCAGCUCAAAGCUCUGCGAAGUGAGAUCAGGCGUAAGAGCACCUCUGCUCCGCUGCUCAACAAUCUGGACGACGACGACGACGACGAUGAUGACAUCAGCACCGAUGGGGAGACGUACUUCAGCUCGUCAUCGGGGUACAAGCGCUCCUCAAGUCAGGACAACAUGUUGUCUACUUUCACUCUGUAAACGAACCCUGAGGUCAAGAAUAAAGCUGCUUUAUAUGCAUGACUGUUGGACCAAAUGGCCGGCGAUCCUUGCCAAGUGCUUUUGAACAAACCUGUAGAUAUUACACUAAAACAUAUUUCUCUUGGAUAUUAAUUCUGGGUAGAAUCUCGAUGUCCAUAAAUUCACUCAGUAUUAUUUGAGCAGCUCUGAGAUUAAUGGAUGAAAUCAUAAAAGUUUUGAUAUGUCGGCCUGUCACGUAGGAAUUAAAUGUACAUACUGUUUAAUUUGGUCAUUUUUCUUUCCCACAUGAAGUCUCGUGUAGAUUUGUUCUUUUCUGAGUGGAUUUUCCUUUGUUAACAAAUGGAUUACACAUGCUUGUCAAUGAUUAUCCUAGCAUUAGUAAACUUGAGAACGCACUCUUUAAUGCACUGUACAGCAACGCAACCAGUAACCUACUGCCUUUGUGAACAAGUUAUCCCUUACCUUUUUAUGUCUAUCAAAUAUGUUUACAUAUAGUAUCUGAACAUAAAUGUUUGUAUGACUCGGUCAAAUAAAAUAUAUUUACGUUUUUGUUUUGUUUUUUUAAGAAUGAAGAUCAAAUCCGAAUAUAUGAAGUGAGAAUUGCCAGGAGAUAGAUAGAUAUAUAUAAUUUUUAUUUUUUUUUUAUAUUAAAUAUACAUAAUCCUGGCCCAGUGAGGGUUUUAGGAAACAGAAAAUGAGGGACUUCGUACACAUCCAUUUUUAUACUGUUUUAUAUGGUUUGACGACAAGUAAUUAUCCAUGAAAAUAUUAUCCACAGGCAUUAAUUGUUGUUUUCACAGGUUACUCCAAAUAUUAGUGACAUUGCAGUAUUGUUUAUACAUCUACUGGAAAAGGCCGCUUCAUGCAAUCAUGUGGAAUACCUAAAUUAACUUUUCUUUAGUCUUUUCUGUGAUUGUUGUUUCCAAAAUCAGACUUCUAGCAGUUACAGCACUGAACAAAGCCACACAUCAAAACCAUUUCAUCUCCGAAGACAUGAAACUGGAAACACUUUGAUGAACACUUCUGAACAUGGUUUGAGUCUUUGUUUAACCUCAUACACGUAUUUUUAUUCUGCCACCCUGUACAUAAGGCCCUGCAAUGCCUGUAACAGAACAUGUGCGGGACUCCUUUAAUUUUCCUUGAACUGAAUGAGGGAAUUUCUUCAGAUGAGAUAAACUGACCGUUGAUGUUUUUGCUACACUGUAAUGAUUUGCACUCUCUGUUGGCUGAUGUCUGACGCCUGCAGAGGGAGAGUGGAUUGAGAUGAAUUUCUGCCACUACCUCUCUGUACACAAUUGUAUGUUCAUAAAUCCUGCUGAGACAAAUAAAGUUAUACAGUACUCUA